UUAUAAUUUGUUUAUUUAUGUGGCAUCAUGGCUGAACUUGAACUAAGAUCGCCAUCCGCUGUGUAAAACAUAUGCUAGAUAAGUUGGCAGUUCAUUCCUCUAUGGCGACCCCAGAUUAAUAAAGGAACUAAGCCGAAAUGAAAAUGAAUGAAUUAUGUUCAUUGUGGUUAUAUUACAGAUGUCCAGUUCCAGAAAAGUGGUUGAAUUGUUCUAUGAUGUCGUUUCUCCUUAUUCCUGGCUGGCAUUUGAGGUCUGUCAUUUUAUUUUUGUCUUUUUUUUUUUGUCUUGCCAUCAGUACCAAUAUGACUGAUUUUCUGUGUUUAGGUGCUGUGUCGCUACAAAAAUGUUUGGAACAUUGACCUCAAAUUUAAACCAUCAUUUUUAGGAGGAGUUUUUCACGGUUCAGGUAACACUGAACCUGGAAUGGUCGAUAAUAAGCUCCAUUAUAUGAUCACAGAUCUGAAACUGAUGUCUGAGUACUAUGGGGUCCCUGUAAAUCCACCUUCGCCUUGUAAGAAAGAUACUUUGCCUGCAAUGCGCUUUGUGACUGCUAUAGCAGAGAAAAACCAAGAGGAAAAUGUGCUGGUGGAGAAGGUUUCUAGAGAGCUUUGGAAACGAAUGUGGCAAAAGCAUCAGGACAUUACCCAGCCUCUCUCGCUUACUGAGGCAGGAUUACUGGCAGGUCUCUCAGCCAAUGAGGUGGAAGAAAUGCUGACUAAUGCCAGCUCUCAGCCAAUUAAAGACAAGCUGAAGAGUGUCACACAGGAAGCCUUGGACAAAAAUGUUAGUGACUUUAUGCCACAGCCUCUUUGUGAUGAUUUUUUAAAUUGCAGUAAACAUAUAAUUUUUCCUUUUUCAGGCCUUUGGUCUUCCAAUCAUUGUGUGCCAUUUUAAUGGAAAGGUUGAAGUUUUCUUUGGUUGUGACAGAUUUGAGCUCAUAGCUCAUUGCAUCGGUAACUACAAUUUAAGUGUUGGUAACUGUUGAUUGGACUACCUGAUUAACCAACUUUAACAAUUUGUUUGACUAAUGCCAUUAAUUUUUUUACAAAGAGUCAUUUAUUUUUGCAGAGCCAGUCCUAAAUUACAGGGGCCCUAUGCAAAACUCUGAGAUCGGGCCCCUGUAUGUACCUUAAUAAAAAUCCCCAAAUGACCCCAAACCCAUGAAUCUUUUCUUUCAGAGCAGUUUAAUUAAUUGUUUAAAUUAAACAAUUUAGCCUAACUAAAUCAAGUAAUCAGACAUCAUUAUUGAUUCUUAUUAAAGUUACUAUAGUUAAAUAAAUAGCAGUGAAUGAAUCACUCAUUGUAUUAUCAUCGUCAGUUUAAUUAACAAUAAAUUACAGAUCUCAUGACAAGCAUUGGAUUACUUACGUGAUACCUAAACUCAUUAUAGUACUAAUUAGCUUUAGGUGGAAAGUAUCAUGUUUUUUAUUUCUAAAAGUAAGAUCUUUAGUGAUGUUGUAUUAGCCAGGACAAUCUGAUCAUUCCAUCCAUUUACUGUAUGUGUCAAUAAAUACUUUGUUGAAAAAAAACAUGCAGCUUCUGUCAUGCAUAUGUAUUUACGAGUUUAUCUACAACUUGUCAAUUAACCAUCUUGCCAAACUGGUUAAAAUAAUUAAAUGAUACAAUUGGAUGAUGAAUGUUCAUCUCACCUACUUUAUUAUUUAUACCAUAGCUGGUUUUCUUGAUGAUUUUAAAGACUUUUAAAAGGAUUUAAAAACUUUGGUUAAUUUUCCAAUCAUUC